AUGAGUGAAGAGAUAGAACCUCAUAUAGCAAGGAAAUUCGAGAUUAUCUCGAAAUUAGGGAAAGGAGCAUAUGGCAUAGUGUGGAAAGCAGUGGAUAAAAAGUUGAAAUAGGUCGUUGCACUAAAAAAAGUUUUCGACGCUUUUCAUAAUGCGACUGAUGCUUAAAGAACAUUUAGAGAAGUGAUGUUUUUGUAGGAAUUGAAUGGUCACGAAAAUAUAGUGAGAUUGCUUAACAUCAUAAAAGCAGAGAAUAAUAAGGAUCUUUACCUGGUAUUUGAUUACAUGGAAACUGAUCUUCAUGCAGUGAUUCGAGCAAAUAUAUUGGAAGAGAUUCACAAGAAAUAUAUAGUUUACUAAACUCUGAAGGCAUUAAAAUUCAUUCAUUCUGGAGAAUUAAUCCACAGAGAUUUGAAACCAUCCAAUAUUUUGUUGGAUUCUGAAUGUUUGAUAAAGGUGGCCGAUUUUGGAUUAGCCAGAAGCUUAGCUCAAACAGAAGAUGAUAGUUAAAUAGUGUUAACUGAAUACGUAGCAACAAGAUGGUAUAGAGCACCUGAGAUUCUGUUAGGGUCUACUAAAUACUCCAAGGCUGUUGAUAUGUGGUCAGUUGGAUGCAUCAUAGGUGAAUUGAUUGUUGGCAAAGCCAUUUUCCCAGGAACAUCAACACUCAAUCAAAUUGAGAGGAUUAUAGAACUCUUGGGAAAACCAAGAGGCGAUGAGAUAGAUUCUCUUGAAAGUCCUUUGGCUGCUAACAUUUUGGCCUCCAUAAAUACAUCAAAGAAAAAAGCAUUCUAGUCCUUUUUCCAAGGAGCUUCAGAAGAAGCUUUAGACUUGAUUAGAAGACUGUUGUGUUACAAUCCCAAUUAAAGGUUGACAGCAGAACAAGCUUUGAAACAUAAGUAUGUCAGAGACUUCUCUUCUCCCGACGAAGAGAUUGUGUGUUAGCAUCCCAUCAGGAUUACGAUGAAUGAUAAUAAGAAGUUCACUAUCAAAGAGUAUCGAGAAGCAUUGUAUGCAGAUAUUAGUUAACGAAAGAAGGAACAACGAAAGAAAUGGCAAGCUAAGUAUUUAGCCUAGUUGGGAGUUUCUCUGGAUGACAAACAAAAUCAAGUUCAGUAGGCUCCAGAGAAGGAAGAGACUCUUUAAGAGCAAAAGCUUUCUCAACCAGAUCUCAUCCAAUAAUAAAUCUAUUAGCAAUAGUUGUUGUUGCAAUAAUAACGAAAAGCUUAGAGACCACAAUCUGGUUAGAUGGGAGGACGAUAAUCCUCAGUGGAAAUGCCCAAACAGUCUUAGGCCUAGCAAUAAGCUGUUGCUCCUUAACAACAGACUCAUCAUAAGAGUAGUUCCAUGAUUCAAUCUAUGCAAACCAAACAAGGAUAUUAUUAUCCUUUUAUUUAAUAAUAGAUGGCUUCCCAACCAAAUAAGGUCAACAAAUCUGCUGUCCAAACUUAACAAUAACAACCUUAACAAAGGCCAUCAACCAGCUAUUACUAAAAACCUCUGACUUAAGUCACCACUUCGUCAGUUAAGAAAUGACACGUUUAAAUUAUU